AUGACAGCCAAAGUCUUCCUUACUGGGGCCACUGGGUACAUCGGAGGUGAUGCUCUGUACCACCUCCACCAGAGGUACCCCGACCUCGAGUUUGCGCUUCUCAUUCGCUCAGGGGAAAAGGCGAACAAGGUUCUAUCUAAGUAUCCGAAAGCGCGAGCUGUCAUCGGCGGGCUUGAUGACACUGAAACGCUCGAACGUGAGGCAGCAUGGGCCGAUAUCGUCGUCCAUACCGCCGACUCAUCAGACCAUGAUGGAAGUGCAAAGGCUAUAGCCAAGGGUCUCGUGCAAGGGCAUUCCGCCUCUCGACCUGGAUUCUGGCUGCACACCGGCGGCACUGGCAUUCUUACCUACUUUGACUCAGAAGUUAAGAAGACAUUCGGAGAACAUGACGACAAAGUGUUCAAUGAUUUUGAGGGCGUUGACGAGCUGGUAAACCUGCCAGAUGCUGCGUUUCACCGUAACGUUGACAAAAUAGUCUUAAACACCGGGACCAAGCACGCGGACUCAGUCAAGACUGCCAUCAUCUGCCCGCCUACUAUUUACGGCAAGGGACGUGGCCCUACCUCCGGACGUGGACGCCAAGUUUACGAACUCGCGGCUUUCAUACUCAGAGAGAAGUACUGCCCUCGCAUUGGGAAGGGUCUUUCUCAAUGGAAUAACGUCCAUGUGUAUGACCUGAGCCGGGUGUUUGGGCUUCUCGUAGAAGCUGCGUUGGAUCCCUCCAGGAAGAAUGACACCGAGGUCUGGGGAGCCCAUGGGUACUUCCUCACUGAGAAUGGUGAGCAUACUUGGGGUGAGCUGUCGGCCGAGAUCGGCCAAGAAGCCUAUAAGCAGGGGUUCCUCAAAGUAACCCCUGAGCUUCGAGAUUGGUCCAUUAAUGAAGCCGUCAAAUCUUCUGCCGGGUUCGAGGCUGCAAGCUGGGGUAUGAACUCUCGGGGCAAGGCCAAGCGAGCCAGGAAGUUCCUAGGUUGGAAGCCACAGGAGAGAAGCCUCAGUGAGGAGGUGCCAGACAUUGUCCGGUCUGAGGCGACUAAGGCAGGACUCUGA